AUGGCGGCCCUGUUGUUGAGACACGCCGGUCGGCAUUGCCUCCGCACCCACCUCAGCCCCCGCCUCUGCAUCCGGAAUGCCGUCCCCUUGGGCACGACGGCCAAGGAGGAGAUGGAGCAGUUUUGGAAGAAGAACACCAGCUCGUCCCGCCCCUUGUCCCCCCAUAUCACCAUCUACAGCUGGUCCCUGCCCAUGGCGAUGUCCAUCACCCACCGCGGCACCGGCGUGGCCCUCAGUGCAGGCGUCUCCCUCUUCGGCCUGGCGGCCCUGCUGCUGCCCGGCUCCUUCGAGUCUCAGCUGGAGCUGGUGAAGUCGCUGAGCCUGGGCCCGGCGCUCAUCCACACGGCCAAGUUCGCCCUGGCCUUCCCCUUCAUGUACCACACCUGGAACGGGAUCCGCCACCUGGUGUGGGACCUGGGGAAAGGCCUGAAGAUCCCCCAGCUCCACCAGUCGGGAGUGGCCGUCCUGGUCCUCACUGUGCUGUCCUCCGUGGGGCUGGCCGCCCUGUGAGGCGGCCCCCCCCCCCCGGUCCCCCCGUCCCCCACCCCUCGGCCGGCAGCACCGCCCCCUCAUCACGCUGCUGCUGCUGCUGCGUGCCCUCCGUCAGCCGGCUCCCCCCGCAAGACGGCCGAGACAAUGUGCGUUCUGUGGCCGGCCGCCCCGGGGAGCGGGGAGGGGCGCGGCGCAGCGGGUGCCGGAUCCCGUGCGUGGGCAGGCGGAGAAAGGCCAAGCUCGCCCCUCCGUCCUCCGGUUCAGAGAGGGAGCCGGGCCCCGCCUCACGGGGAGGACUGGGGUGCCUGGGGCCUGAGGGAGAGGCGUCCUCCCUCCCCCCGCCUUGCCACUUCUGGAAAAACGAGCUUCUUAAUUCCUUGUUUUCCACUCCCUAUCCCCUGGCCGCAUUUCCCGUCAUUAAACCAACAACAGCCUCC